UCGGGUAUGGGCGUGUCUUAACGGCGUGGCACCGUCGGUGGGCGGGGCCUUGGGGGUCGUACAGGAAAAGAUAAAGAAAGCGAGGACAUCUGAAGCGAAAACGAUGGCUGCAAUCCGCAAGAAGCUUGUAAUAGUUGGGGAUGGAGCAUGUGGAAAGACAUGUUUACUCAUCGUUUUCAGUAAAGACCAGUUUCCCGAGGUCUACGUACCCACGGUGUUCGAAAACUAUGUUGCUGAUAUUGAGGUGGACGGCAAAACGGUGGAACUGGCACUGUGGGAUACAGCUGGACAAGAGGACUAUGAUCGAUUGAGACCCCUCUCUUACCCAGACACUGAUGUCAUCCUCAUGUGUUUCUCCAUAGACAGUCCAGACAGUUUGGAGAACAUCCCAGAAAAAUGGACGCCGGAGGUGAAACAUUUCUGUCCAAAUGUUCCAAUAAUUCUGGUGGGUAAUAAAAAAGAUUUACGAAAUGAUGAGCAUACUCGACGGGAACUGCUCAAGAUGAAACAGGAACCAGUUAAACCAGAGGAAGGCAGAGACAUGGCCAAUCGCAUCAAUGCAUUUGGCUAUCUCGAGUGCUCAGCUAAAACUAAGGAAGGCGUGAGGGAAGUUUUCGAAAUGGCCACAAGAGCGGCGCUCCAAGCCAAGAAACGUGGCAAGAAGAAUGCCUGUGCUUUGCUAUAGAGAACGGAGGAAAAGAAAAUAAAGAGGGAGGGAAAUGGGUUAUUCAAACUAGGCCAAGGAAAAUGAAAGUGCUAUAAAGGGUGCAAAAAGAGGGAUGAAAUACCCCUAGUGUUAAUUAUGUGCUUAGGGGUCAGGGAGGGUCAUUUUUAAUCCAGGCCAGAGGGAACUACUGUUGAUCGUAGUGACUGGUACUGGUAAAAAGGGACUUAGACAUUAUUAUGGCCAAUAUGUUUGACAUCAGUCCUCUUUCAAAUCAAGAUUAGUUGACCUUAAGCCUUCAGACUGAUCACAAGCUAUUUGUAGGGUAAGAUUGAAGUGGUUUGGGGUGGGAUUAUAUGUGAUGUAUUGUUUGGCCCAUACCACAUUUUUUGCAUAGGAGAUCGGCAUUGUUAGCAAGAACAGAAACAAAUGACUUGGUCUAAAAAUAUUCAUUUUUUGGCACCAAGUGCAUUAUUCAGGGUAUAAGGUAUUAGUACCCUACAUUGUGUAUACUACAUGUCCAGCAAGGAGUGUUUUUUUUAUCAUUGGCCACAAAACGGGGAAAACUCCCAUGGUGCCCUUUAUAAAAAUCCCAGGGACCCAGCGCCGUCUUAUGUAAAUCAUUCAUGCCUGUCCUUGUACUACAAUAUAAUGUUUAAUGAUCUUUUUCCUACAUUAACAUGCUAAUUUUGUUUGUUAACACAACUGGUUCCAACUGUCCUGCCACAAAAUUGACGGUUUAGUCACUGGUUUUAAAAAAAAUAGCUGAAAGUAUUGGUAGUCUUACAAAUCUUUAUUCCACUAGGAGUUAAAUAUAUUUGCCAUUUGCCUAUAAAAUGCAUUAAGCAAUGAUGAUACUAAUUCACCCUUUUUUUUUGAGUAUUUUAUGUGCUUUCUCAUGUAUUGUAAUGAAAAAUAAGUUUUGGGUUAAUCAGCACGCGUGGAGCUCAAAGCUCAACUACAGAUAUGAGUGCACCUCUGUAUGUCGACUGUCAGACACUGUUAUUAGAAAUAUAUAUUUACGUUUUCUAAUAGGGGACAGCUAAACAUUUGCAUAAACAUUGAAUUUGUUCUGUAUUCCUCUUGCCUGCACGGCAGGCUUUUUAUUUGGUGUGCAGAAAUAAGUAUAAUAGCUCACUUUAUAAAUGAGAAACUCCAUCCACUUUCACUCUGUUUUACUUUUUAUUAUUAUUCCCUUAUUUUCCUCUACUGUACUGUAUGUUAUUUUUUCUUUUUUUUUUGUGAAAUUCUACUGGCUUAUACUAUAUCAUUUUUGCAUAUUUUAAAAAUUCUAGUAUCUUAGAAUUUAAAAGUUUUAAAAGAAAUAAAGAAGGAAAAGUAGCGAAAAUGUGAUCGUGAGAGAGCCGUUUAAUGCCAUGUUAUUGAAUGCAAGUAAUUUCAUAGAAGAGAUUUUGCAUUUCAUUGUAAGAAAACAAUAAGAGUCUUUGAUGCAUCAGUUAUCUUUUGUAUACCAGCGCAUCUUCGGAUUUCCACAGACUCAUUUGAAAUGUAUUGAAAAAAUAAAUUCUUAUAGAGUAA